AUGAGGUGGUAUGUGCCGAGAGAAGAGUGGGCGGAAGCUUUCUUUGGAGGAGGAGAAGGAAGAGAAGAGGCGCGGACAUGGGCUUGCUCAAGCGUGGAAUUGAUCGACUUUGUAUUUGAGACGAGGUUCAAGGCUGAGGCUGGAUUGGCUCAGGCCGAAACUCUCUCCAAACGUUUUAGAGCCCGACCGAACCAAGUUACCCCUCUGAGACAACAUCAAGGCCUCGAACUUGGUGCUGGCAUUUGCGAAUCACGGUUUUGA